UCUUUAAAAUGGAUUUCAGCUUUCCUUUUACUCUGCAGUGCUUGCUGGUGAUAAUAACUGUUACUCAUGGCUCUGUCACCUGGACGGGUGUGCUCAGUGGCGGCUCAGCAGUCUUCUCUGUGGGAGUUCAAAGUCUGCAGAACCUCUCCAGAAUGAACAAGAGGGACACGAGCUGCAUGACGGCUGUCUUAAAUGAUACUUUGUUGGCCGAGUGUGGCACUUCGGCCAGCAGAUGUCUGAACUUGCAGAAUGGCUCCCUAGUGCUGAGGAGUGUGGAGAAAGAGGACGAAGGAAAAUACGAGUUUGUUUUUCACAACACCACCAGAUUUUUUACACUGGAAGUAUUUGAGCCGGCCAUUGGUAUCCAGUGCUUCCCUAAUGGCACCGGAGAGUUGUCCUGCGACGUGAGCAGCAAUGCGAGCAUCAGCUUUCAGUGGCUGCUGAAUGGCACCGCGCUGAGCGCCCCCGAGGCUUGUGUUAAGGAUGGUGGGAAGAAGGUUCGCCUGGACAAAACCGUGCCCGGGGAAUUUGUAUGUGUGGUUUACCAUGGGAACAGCAUCACGAGGACCAGACCCGUUGUGCUGUCUUGCAGCUAUGGAGACCUGCUGCAGUACCCGUGGUUCAUUUACAUCCUGGCGGGGUGCGCAGGGGGUGCGGUUAUCCUGGUGGUGGUUGUGUCCUCAAUCAUAUGUUGCUGCAUGAAGAGGAAACACAAGUUCAUCCCAGUGCCUUCAGAGGAGGAGAAAGAUGACGGACUAACGAUGUCUGUGGUCUCCAGCGAAGGUGUGAAGAGCCCCCCCAAUGGAGACCAUGUCGAGGCUCAGGCUGCCCAAAUUGACUGCCCUCCAAAGCCUGAUGCUGCCCAGACUGGUCAAGGCAUUGAUCCCCAGCCACUGGUGGAAGAAAACUUACCAGUGGAGAGAGAGCCUGAGGAAAUGCCAGAAUCAGAGGUCAUAGUUGAUGUGGAAAGCCAGGAAAAUGCCUCGGACUGUUUCCCGGAUCCAGCUGAUGACUGAUCUGGCAUGCUUGCAGUUCCACACUGUCUUGAAGCCUGCAACACCCGUCCUUUGCAUCCCAUAGUCUCAUUGUGUAAGAUGACUUCCCAUAGUGUAAGAAUUGGUCUGGAAAAUUUUAGCAGGGGAAAGACAUGAGGUGUCAGGCCCACCAACCUCAUUUAAAAAAAAAAAAAGAAGAAAAUACAAGGAAAAGCACACGUGUGGCUUCAAGGCCACACUGCUGUGGGCUGACAGGUUCACUAGAAAAACUGGGCAGCUCUUUGAUACUUCACCUGUUAAUAGACCUGCAGCUAAACUGUGGAGCUCUAGAGGACAGCCUGAAAUGAGACAGGCGGUUCCUCCUGCUCCCUGCCCACCCCGCACCUUGCCAUGUCUUUGCCAGCCAGCCGUUCCUGCAAGGGGCGAGCAUGACAGGCGGGGUGAGGUGGCCUGCCAGUCCCAGACAGAAACCAGGACCUGCCAGAAAUUUCCUGAGAAAGCCUCUUCUCAGGAGAUUUCAAGGCAUUUUUCACAGGCCUUGCAAAAAAAGCUCGAUGGAGGUUUCAGCUAGGUAUCUGCUGUGCCGGGUGUUUAUCUGAAUGGCUCCUCUGAGCUCCAGACCCUUUGUGAUUUGGCCCUCACCUCUUGCUGCGUGGGGCCAGGAGUGGUGGUAGGGGCUGCUGCGUGCAGCCCCUGGGAGGUGACGCUGGCUUGCUUGCCUUUCAACGCCCUGUAAUGGCAGGGGGCUGCUGGCUGCCUUUCGCCAGAAACUAACUGCUUGUGUUGCCAGUGAGUUAAAACAGCUCUGUCACUAGCUUGCUUGCUUGCAGCAGAAGGGUGCCUGGGGCUUGGGUGUGUAAUUUUGGCAGAAACGUUGAUUAUAAUGCUGAGUUUGUUCAUCAGUGCAAGCAUUAGUACCUUUAGUGUAAUGGUUUAGCUACUGCAAGCUGAUUAAGCUGGCCAUCUGCCUGCGCAUGUAAGGCUUUUUCAGUACUGUGUUAUUUGCACAGACAGCAGCAAUUUAUAGAGUCUCUUAGGCAAGUCUUGCUUGCUAUGUGCAUCCUGUUCUGCUCAGGGGAGAUUUGCAAGUGGAGCAGCUGGGGUAGACCUGCAGGGAAGAAGGACAAGGUGAGGAGAGGGCAAGGACUCAGUCUCAGGCAGCAGGUAGUUGAGUCCCUGGCAAAGCUGCCAGGGGCUGCAGGGCUGUCAGGCCACAGGGAGUGCUGCAGGAUACACUGCCAGAGCAAGGUAUUUACUGCAUAAGUGCAUUUUGGUAGUCAGAAGCAAGGCAGGAUGGUAUUAAACUAGCCCAGAGGGCCAGAAAGGCAUGAUAGAGUAAAAUCAGAGAUGGUACAGAUCGGAGCUGAAAGGGAUAGGGAGGUGUGUAUUGCAUUCCUCUCUUCCCUUGUCAUUUUGUUCCUGUUUUAUAUUGUGCUGACAUUGUGCCAUGAAUGCCUUGGAAAGGGAUUUACUGUAUGCCUUGUAAAUGCCACCCAUCAUGGUCUGCAAGUACCCCAGCAAAAUCAAAGCCAAGCUGAACGCUUCUCCCCCAGGCGGGGGAGCUGGUGGGACGCCUGCAUGCUUACCUGGGAGUCCUUCUUGUCUGUGUACAUGGAAAAACUCUGCAUCGGUGAUGCCCAGCCAUAGGUGGUUGUUCUUGUUGUUUCCUUGUCCCGUGACUCUGUUUAGAAGAUUUUUUGGAUCUUGUGUGCUGUGGUGGUGGUGGUGAUUCAGCCUGUCUCUGCUUUCUAAGGCUGCCGUAGGAAUCAGAUUUUCCACAGUAAGAGGGAGAUAAUAACUCUUUUCCUCAUGGUGCUGCGCUAUCUCCUUUCAGUACAAACAUUCCUCAAAGGCUGUGAGUUGGAUGUCAAAAAGGUGACACCGAGGGCUUGGGUGGCAGCUGCCUGCAGGCAGCACAGUGGCAGUGAUGCUCGGUGAACAGGAGCCAGUGUCACCGAAAUGAGGGGAUGUAGUCAGCUUUGCUUCUCUUCUGCACUUUCUGGCAGGAGCAGGCAGGGGACAGUCGACUCCAGUACAUGCUUUGAAGGCUGAACGGUGCUCUGAGCUGCACCGGAGAAGAUGCCAGCGUUUUGGGUGCUGAGGUGACAGAGCUGGGCCAGCCUUGUCCUGCUGUGCUGGUGCGUCCUGGCUCCAGUUUGCCCUAGCGCUGCCUUGCUGCUGUCAGCCCUGGGAGGGCCGGGGGUGCCCUGGCAGCUGAUAGCACCAGCCCUGGUGUAACCCCAGACUGGGAAGGAUUUUUCCCAUUGAGAUGGCAAUCUGAGACUCGAGAGGUCUUUGAGGCAGAUAGGACAUGGCUGGUUUUCUAGCCUUCCCUGCCGAAGUUGCCGUUCAGCAAGGGGGCUGUUACUGUGAGGU